UGAAAUCUUAGAGACCGACAUUUCUCCAUUGAUGGAAUAUUAUGGCAAAUUCUUCUGCAAAGAACCAGAAACUCAAGAUAGAGGCAGUGGAUGGGCCAUGAUUCGAAAGCAAAUCUAUGCUAGUGAAAUUUCAUGUCGAAAGCUGGUACGAAUGAAUACAGUGGCAUUUCAGCGUUUGUGUGAAAUAUUACAAGGGAGGUAUAGCUUACAAGACACUCAAAAUAUGGCUGUUGAUGAGAGUGUUGCAAUCUUUCUUAUGAUUUGUGGCCAGAAUGACUCUCAAGGUGACAUUGGUCUAAGGUUUGGUCAUGCACAAGAAACAAUAUGUCGGAAGUUUCAUGAAGUUCUUGGAGCAAUGGAACGAAUGGCUGUGGACUACAUACGACCAAGAACUACCCAAGAACUUGAAGCUAUAUCAAACCGUCUACAAAGAGAUAAACGCUAUUGGCCUUACUUUAAAACCAUUAGAUUUGUGAACCGCAAAGGAAGUACGAGUCUCAAUGUCUUGGCAAUGUGCGACUUUGAUAUGCUUUUCACAUAUUGCUUUGUUGGUAUGGCGGGAUCAGCUCAUGAUGCGCGUGUGUUAUCAACAGCGAUUCCUGAUGAUCCUAUGUUUCCUACCCCUGCGGAAGGCAAAUACUAUCUUGUAGAUUCUGGUUAUGCCAACAAACGUGGAUAUUUGGCUCCGUAUAGAAAGCAAAGUAAUGUUGGCACAAGGUAUCAUCUACAAGAGUUUUUCUAUGUACAAAGACGUGUUAUAUUUGCUACAAUGGGACUUCAUAAUUUUAUUCGCAAGAAUAAUAUUGAAGAUGAUGACUUUGAAGAAGCUGAUAAAGAUAGUGAUGUUUCAUAUGGGCAGCAAAAUGUUAAUGAUGAUGUGAAUGAUGAUCAAGGUAUUAGAGUGGAAGAAGAAACACACGAUGGAAAUUAUAUGAAGAUCGUCCGCGAUCAAAUUGCUGAGCAAAUAUGGUCUGCAAGUCGACGUAGUGUUCGUCAGCAACGUUAG